AUGACAAAUUCAGGGACUAAGAAGCUAACGUUCAGGGAACAGAUGAAGGGGUUCCCUGUUUGGCAAAUGAUUGUCAUUAUUUGUAUUCGUUUUUCAGAACCUAUUGCAUUCACAUCAUUAUUUCCAUAUGUAUAUUUCAUGAUUCGUGAUUUUGAUAUUGCCCCAUCCGACGCUGAUAUAGCCAAAUAUUCUGGUUAUUUAUCUGCUUCAUUUGCAUUUGCUCAAUUUUUAUGUUGUGUCCAAUGGGGGAAAGCAUCAGAUAAAUAUGGUAGAAAACCAAUUUUAUUAUGUGGAUUAGCAGGAACUGCAUUUUCAAUGUUGAUAUUUGGAUUUUCACCGAAUUUUUGGGUAGCUAUAUUUGCCAGAUCCUUAAUGGGGUGUCUUAAUGGUAAUAUUGCUGUCUUGAGAACAACAAUUGGUGAAAUAGCCACAAAUAAAAACCAUCAAUCAAUUGCAUUUAGUACUUUACCAUUAUUUUGGAAUUUUGGAGCAGUUAUUGGACCGAUAAUUGGAGGUUCCAAAUAUUUGACAAGACCUAGAAAGAGAUCAAACGAACCACCUCUGCGUAUUGAAAGUUUUUUCAUGACUGCAGUUGAAACCAUAAGUUCGAAGGAUGAUUUGUAUAACAGAUUUAUGAACAAGUAUCCUUAUGCUUUAUCAAAUGUAGUCAUUGCAAGUAUAUUGAUGUUUAGUUUUGUUACUGGAUUUUUAUUCCUUGAAGAAACCCAUCCCAGAAUGAGAAAGAAGAAAGAUUUUGGUUUGGAGAUUGGUGAUUUUAUUCUAAGAAGACUAGGAUUCGAUGUUCUAGUGAGACCUUGGAAUAAGAAUAGAAUCUCACAUGUGCCACAAGAACAAGAACCAUUGAUUACAGAAGAAGAAGAAGAAGAAGUGUCAUCAUUAGGAAGCGACAGUGAUCUGAUUGAUAACCAUAGUGCUACCGUUACUGAUCCACAACCAUUUUAUAGAUCCACUGAUAAUGGUAGCGAAGUCGAUAAUGAACAUAGUGAUAGUGAUGCUGAAACAUAUACUAAUCCAAUUCCAAGAAGAUACUCUGAUGCUGUUGUUAGACGCUAUUCUUCAACGCAAUUGGGUCCAAUGUUGUCACGUACCACUACUUCAAACUCAAUAAUAACUACAAAUAUUGAACAAUCAUUUUCAAGAGAAAUUUUCACACCUCCAGUUGUUCAAACCAUUGUGGUCAACUUUUUGUUAUCUUUCCAUACAAUUGUAUAUUCCGAAUUUUUACCAGUUAUGCUUGCGGGUCAAUUACUUCCAGAAAAACUGUCUUUCCCAUUUAAAUUGGUAGGUGGAUUUGGAUACACCAGUGAUACCAUUGGGAAACUUUUAUCAUUUACUGGUAUUGUUGGUACUUUAUCUGUCAUGUUUAUUUUCCCUAUUCUUGAUAGAAAUUUCAGAACAAUUUCUUCAUUAAGAGCAUCUCAGAUAAUUUUCCCAAUUGCCUAUCCUAUUUUACCAUAUAUUGUGUUUACACAUGUUGCAUAUAACUCAUCUAAUCCACCAUGGUUAACUAGGACUUUACUUUAUGGACUUUGUUGUCUUAUGACAGCCUCAAAUGCUGUUGGGUUCCCCAAUAUUUUGGUGUUGAUACAUAGAGCCUCGGCUCCAGAACACCGUGCAUUCAUUAAUGGUACAGCAUUAAGUUUGAAUUCUUUGGCAAGAUUCUUGGGUCCAAUGAUUUGGGGUUAUGUAAUGACUUUCAGUGAAAUAUUUGAAGUUGGAGAAGUAUCUUGGCUUCUUUUGGGAUGUUUGUCAUUAAUUUGUUGUGUUUACACUUUUAUCAUGAAAGAAUAUGAUGAAAAUGGAAAAGUAGUAGACCAUAACGUUUAG